UGUCACAGGGAGGUGGCGGUCUGCCCAUGUCUAUAAGUACAGGCACUACAGAGGGAAUCUCUAUAUGAAGUGGAGCUAACCCAGCUGAGCAGUGCUGACCCAUGCUGAGCAAAGACACUGCAGGAGGGCAAAGAAACACUAGACUGGUGUACCUUUUAGUGCACUCAAACAGAUGAAGGAAUAAGUGAACUGACAGACACUUCUCUCCUCUGGACUCAGGUGCAGGCUCUGGACAGUAUAUCUUCACAGACACUAGGUAUCUAAUCUAGAAUCUAACGACCUCUAGGACGGAAUCUUUAUCUCUAAUUUAAAUUGUGUAAUCUACGCCUUCGGGAUGUUUUCUCUGGUUAGUUUGAGACGGACCGUCUCCACACUGUUCGUUCUCCUCUCCAGUGCUGCUGUCAUGGUGGAGAGUGACUGUCCUACCCAGUGCUCCUGUGGUCCCUCACCGCAAUCGUGCCCAGCGGGCAUUAGUUGGGUGACAGACGCCUGUGGCUGCUGUAAGGUGUGUGCCAGGCAGUUCAACCAGGACUGCAGCCCCAGCCAGCCCUGUGACCACAUCAAGGGCCUGCACUGCCACCUGGGGGCUGGGGGAGACCCAGAGAGAGGCCUGUGCCGAGCGGAGGCCCAGGGCCGGCCCUGUGAGUUCAACGGGCGUGUCUACCAGCAUGGAGAGGACUUCCAGCCCAGCUGCCAGCACCAGUGCAGCUGCAUGGAUGGGGUGGUGGGCUGUAUGCCACUCUGUCCCCAGCAGGUGCCCUUGCCCAACUGGCGCUGCUCCCAGCCAAGGCUGGCACGGCCCUGGGACCGCUGCUGUCAGGAGUGGGUGUGUGAUGACAAAAACCACAUCAGUGAGGACCCAGAGGAACUUCCACAGGCAGCCCUACCUGACCCACAACCCCUCCAAAACCACAUCAACAACCAGCUCCAGGCCCAAGCCCUGGCCCAGCCACGCUAUCAGGCCAGCACUGGAGUCACCUUUAGAGAGUUGGUGUCCCUCCCCAGCGCCAGAUGCUUCCCUCAGACCACUGAUUGGACGGAAUGUUCCACCACGUGCGGGAUGGGCAUCUCAAGCCGGGUGACCAAUAACAACGCAGAGUGUCGGCUGGUCAGAGAGACACGACUCUGUCAGGUCCGCCAAUGUGACCUGCAGCUUACCCCAGCAAUCAAGAGGGUAAAGAAGUGCCAGCGUACAGUGCGCCCCCAGGAGCCAAUCAGGAUCAACUUUGCUGGCUGCUCCACAACACGCCGCCAUCGGCCUCACACCUGUGGCUCCUGUGCGGACGGGCGAUGCUGCACCCCUUCACUGACCCGCACCGUCCGCCUGCGCUUCCAAUGUCCCGACGGAGAGGGCUUCACACGCAACGUCAUGUGGAUCCAGAGCUGCAGCUGCAAGAAGAGCUGCCACAAUCACAGUUCCCCCUCAAGGCCCUCUGUCAGCCUGCACAAUGACAUCCACAACUUCAGGCACUGAGGCAGGCUUAGGAGGAUGCCCAACCCUAGCCUCAACACACUAGACAGGGCUAGUGCAUGCUAACCUCUCCCCAUCUUCCACCCACCCUCUGCCCAGGGAUAGCCCUGCCUUUCAGUCCCUUCCUGGACACCAGCCUCUCCCUCCUGCACCAGCGCCAGACUAUGGGAGAGAGAGCCUCGGCUAGGUGGCCGCUCCAUCCAACCAGGCAGAACUAUCGCUUGCACUUUAAGCUUCCUAACACGUUGCCACAAGUUAUCAGACAUGAGAGAUGUGGAGCAACUGCUCUCCACAGCCAGGUCCAGUGUCCCUUCCCUGUUGAUCACACAGUUACAGAACUGUUCUGGUGGAGGGGGGGACAGCACUGAGCACAACAGACUAUGGAUGGCCUGAUGUCACUUUCUUGAUGUCAUUUUGAACUUGUAAAUGAAUCAGUUUGGUUGUCUGCUUUUCCCCCUCAUUAUUUAUAAUGUUUAUUUGUUAACAUUGUCAAGUUCCUCUAUAACCACAGAGGAACAAGGGAAAAGGAAUGUAUAUGUAUGUAUGUGAAAGACAUAACUUUUUGUCAUAAUAGAAAUAGUAAAGUAAAUUAGUGAGGCCAGUGAAUGUGUAAGGAUGUGAUGAGUGACGACCAUGGGCAAUCUCAUACAUUCAUGAAGUGUUUUGUCUGAUAAAUCGAUGGUAGAAAGAGGACAGGAUAUCAUUCUACAAAUUCAUCAAUGAUUGUAAUUAACUGUAUAUUACAUUGUGUAAAGUUCAGUGUUUAUGUGUGUGAGAGAAUGAAAGGGCGAGAAACAGAGUGUUUACAUGUGUGUAUUUGUGUCAUAUGACAGAGUAUAGUGUACAGACUUCACUCUUAGUGGAGUGGCAAUUGAUGGAGAUCACCUCAUUUUCCGGGGUGUGUUUUUAUUGCCUCAUAGUAUAGAGACUUGUACUGGAGGGAAGAUUGUAUUUGAUAUAUUUAAGAUUUCUAUAUUGUUUGAAUUCUUAUCAUUAAUACUCAGAAAAAUGUAAUAAAAACAUUCAACACGU